UGUCUCCCCAAGUGAUAUUAGCGAGGGCCCACUGCGCAUGUCCGUAAUCCCGUCAUGCGCGAUCGAGAUCACAUUUCACCACCCACGGUCUCUCUGUUUGUGUUAUUUACUAAUUAAAACAAAAGAAUUUCAUGACAUUUAUUACCGUUAAUAAAUAUAGAAAAUAGUCUUUAUACAGUGAAGUCGUGUUUUCAGAGUUAUCCGUUAUUUUUUGUCAGACAAUAACCUCAAUUACAAUGCAGGUGUUAUUAAUAAUUCCGUGUGUGUAUUUUAGCAAGUGUUAUUUAUAUUCAUGAGAAUUAGUGUAUUCGGUGUUGUUAUAUUGAAGAUGAUGUUACUGUUUUAAUUUUUGCCUGUAUAAACGGAGACUUGAAGGAAAUAAACAAAAUGCUGUCGUCCAGAUGAUAUCUGAGUAACGGCCCAGUGCAGACAUUAGAGCCUAGAAACAAAACAAAUGGGCAAAAGAAGAGAUAAAGUGCGGAGUUGGCGGUUCCAAUGGAGCGUGGUGAUGCUAGCGGCGGUGGCGCUGGUCGCCUACAACGCCGUCGCCAACCUGUGGCUGCUGCACCCCGCCUCCUGCCCCCUGCACCCCACCGCGCCGCCCUCCGACCUCCCCACCUGCGAGCCCUGCAUCGGCACUAUCCCCAACUCCGGCCUAGAUGACGACCCCAUCUACAGACUUGAUCUGCGACUAGGCAGAUGGGAUGGCAGCCGAUCCUACAGAUUAUUUGACUAUGCAGCAGUCGGGGACCAGUAUGCCGAAGUGUCUAGCAACCACCGCGUCUGCCUCGCCACACAGAGCUCCAUAGAGAGACUCCACGAGCUGCUAAGGAUAGCGGCUCAUUGGACUGGACCAAUUUCAGUAGCAGUGUUCGUAGCAGGGGACGAAAUGAGACUGUUACGUGCUUUCACAACUUGGCUGUUUAGAUGCCAACCUGAGAUAUAUUCAAGAAUAGCUUUACACGUCACGAUGCCAGCGGAAAGACCAGGGUUACAUGGUAAGAUGCCAACGUGGGCGAGAGACUGUGAUACGAAUCCCCUGCCACCCGGAGAGAGGAGAGCUGAUACCGUCGCGUGGAGAGCGAGGCAUCCAUACCCUCAGAACCAUAUGAGGAACUUAGCGAGGAAGAACUGCCAAACGCCGUUCGUCUUUUUAGUGGACGUUGAUAUCGUGCCCUCCAAAGGCAUGGCAGAUGCGUUAGAUAAGUUUCUCGCGACCACUCCCAAGUGCCCUCUAUGUGCAUACGUGGUGCCUACUUAUGAGCUAGACAGAAGAGUCGCCAAGUUCCCUGCGAACAAAUCUGAGCUAGUGAGACUCUCGAAAAGUAAGCUAGCGAUACCGUUCCAUAGGAAAGUGUUCAUUUAUAAUCAGUACGCGUCGAAUUUUUCCCGAUGGGAAGCAAGCGGCGGCAAUGAGACUGCGCAGACGCACAUCAGCCACAACGUGACGAACUUCGAGCUGCUGUACGAACCGUUCUACGUGGCCACUGACACCGUGCCGCCUCAUGAUGAGAGGUUCCUCGGAUACGGCUUCACUAGGAAUACACAGGUAUACGAGAUGUUCCUAAUCGGGUACCAAUUCAAGGUGCUAUCCCCUAUCUUCACAAUCCACUGGGGGUUGCAAGCCAGAAGAAACCGCCCCCUCUGGCGGGAGAAACAAAACGAGAAGAACAGAAAACACUUCGAAACGUUCAAAAGGGAAUUAUUUGCGAGGUAUCGGAAAGACCCCCUACAUUUGUUGAGAAGACCCCAACAAGGGAAGAAGACCUAGGCAUCGCGAGGCCGUGCAGUCACCGCCGGCCUCGGAAUUUUAAUAACUAUAGCUUCUUGGCUCUUCUGACAUAGGCAUGGUCAGAAGAGAUGGACUUUGGACUCUGUGCCAUAAAUUGCGCUUAAUGUGUCAGUUGCAUUGGAUCUUCUUAGUCUUCUGACAAGAAGAAGGAAUGUUUAGUGUUGUGACGUGAUAAGUCUGUGGAAUGACGUUUUCAAUGUUUGUGGGAAUUUUAGAAAAUGUGGUUCGAAAUGAAUUUGUAUAUUUCCUCGGUCUACGGUAUUUUAUUGUAGCAUAAAGAAAACUUAUGAAUAUUGUAUACUUAUAGUAAUAAGCUUUCACUUUUAGUUACACUUUUAUGUAUGUAGGUAAUAACCAAAUGUAGUGACAAAAGUACAUUGUUAGCAAGAUUAUGUUUUAAAUUUUAAUCUGUAUAUAUAAAAAUAUACAUAUUAUAUAUCUUUGUAUAUAUUCAUAAUCCAAUAGUUGUAUAUAAGUAUUCGAUAACUCUUGUAUAUUGUGUUAUUGUAAUAAUUAUUAUCUUUACAUUCCAAAGAAAUGUGUUCUAUUUUAUAAAGUACAUAAAUCAACUUGACUGGUCCAAAAAUUAUAAUUUAUAAUUUCGAUGUUUUUUAACUAUAAAUUAUGAAAGUGGCACUAGUAUAGUUCUUUUUUAUAAUUUAGCACAAAUAAAGGCAUAACCUGAAAUGCCUCAAAGUAAAAUGAUGAAGCUUUGGUUAUGUUGGCAUCAGUCGAGGCACAAUUUU